GUGGCGCUUGGUUCGUAGCCCGUAGCACGAUCAAACUAUUUACUGAUUGGUUCAGUAGCGCGCGAGCACGCGAUCUGACCGCUUGCGUAUGUGCGUGCGCAUGUUAUGCGUGGCGGCUACGAUACGUGCGUAAAAGUAACUUUUUAAUAAACAUUGUAGUGUUGUGAGAAAGUAGUGGUGGAUACGGUGCUUUCAGGAUUGCUCGCAGAUAGCCAAAUACUGCGGUAAUGGCACACCGGUCGCCUGGCUGUAAACCGUGCCUGGUUACCGUGUGAGGUGCGCUCGGUGUGUACCGUGCGCGGCGUGCGUACCGUGCGUGGUGUGUGUACCGUGCGCGGCUGUACUGUGCGUGGUGUGUGUACCGUCCGCGAUGUGCGCGUGGAGGCUGCUGCUGCUGGCUGCGUUGCCGGCGCUCGUCGGUGUAGGUGCCGGCGAGGUGGUGGAAGCGGGACCCGCCUUCCUACCGACGAGAAGAUCACUCAAUGUGGCGCCUGGCGAAGAAGCGGUGCUGGCAUGCCGCAUCGCGCGCCUCGGAGACAAGGCGGUCUCAUGGGUGCGGGCAAGGGAUCUCCAAAUCCUUGCACACGACGGAGCUGUAUUCUCAGCAGAUCCACGGGUCGCGGUGGGCGUGCGGACGGAGCGCGGCGUCGUGACGCACACGCUGCGUCUUGCGCGCCUGAGAGAGUCCGACGCGGGCCGGUAUGAGUGCCAGCUGAAUACGGAUCCUAAGCUCAGUCAGAUUUAUAAUCUCACUGUCACAGACCGGGCAUGGCGUGGCAUCGAGGUAGAACCUCUAGGGGCAACUCGAGUCCUAGCGGCGACGGGAAGCACAGCCACUCUUGGCUGUUCAGCGCGUCUGCGACCAGCUGAGGCACCUGAUCCGCCGGCAUUGAGGGUUGUUUGGCACCAGGACGGACAACCGUUGCUACCUCAGCAGGGUGGAGUUUCGCUCGACACGGAGCGCGCGGCGGGCCUCGUGACGUCACGGCUCACGCUCGGCGCUCUCAUGCCGACCCACAGCGGUCGGUACAUGUGCCGUGUCACAGCGGACUUAGAAGAUAUAGACCCCUUCACAGAAGACACCUUGCAGGGAGAGAUGCUGUUUACGCUCGUUGUCACAGACAGUGUGGGUGAGAUGGAAGCGAUGCAACGCGACCAAUCGCCAGCGCCGUCCGCUACUGGCAUCCUUCGCUCUGUGCCAGCUGUUGCGGCUCUUGCGGUGUUGUUCGCACUGGCCAUGCACUAACCUUCGCAGCAGCGACAACGAUCGCUCUUGUCUAACUAGCCGUCAACUAGGCCCGGAUUUGAGACCUAGAGCCCCUAGGCCCUUGGUAUGCAACUUGAAAUUUAGGAGGCCCCUCUUCUCCAUCUCAAAACUAUUGCUCGGUUGCCUGGGCCCCUAGGCCCUUGUGGGCCUAGGCGGAAAUCCAGUCCUACUGUCAACUAGUUAUCGUGCUCAGCUCCUAUAUCGGAGCGGAUAACCGUCGAUACUGGAAGAGCCAUGAGUGGUGUUUUGCCUUAGCCUGUCGUAGCAAGAUGUCAAGUGGAGCACAAAAUAUCUUACCGAUAAAGAAGAGGAGGCAUGCUUAUACCUCGGUGGAAACCCAAAUUGCGGGUCCUGAGUCUGGUGUCUUAGAAGUGCUCGUAACGUGUAAACUGCGGUACAAAUGGCGGUUGAUGUGAUAUUAAACGGACGACUGCCAGUGCACGAAACAAGACUACCAAUUUGGUGCAGAGUUAAUGAAACUUUAAGUUGAUGAAAGACACAGACAAAGUGCAGUGAAUUACUGAGUAGGUACGGAUCUACGGACCCUAAAAAAAGGAAUGUCUCGAUACCUACUCAAAGAAAUAAUUUGACCCUUUAAUUUAAUGGAGGCUUCAUUAUCCUUUUCGAUCUUACUUCAUUUUACUAAAAGUACGUGUCCCCUAUCCUUUCUACAAGUCCCUACCUAAAAACGAGUAAAAUAAAAUUGUGACUGGUAUUUUGAACCCUUUAGCCUUUUAAAGCUGGUGGAAUAUUUCCACUGAACUGUCGUAUUUUCUUAUUAGACACGCGACCUCAGCUAUUCUGUAACCUACAUUUAAACUCAUUAGCCAGAAUAUAUUCCCGAGCUCAUGA